ACCGAGGCGGGGACUAAAGAAGAAAAAUGGCGGCCAAGUUCGUUUUCUCUGCCUCGCAGCUUCAACAAUUUCCCACUCUGGUUUCUGCUUCGGAAUGCAAAAACCUCGCCCGCCAUUACCACAGUAGCACCAAAAGCUUUAGUCUUUAUACCACACAACACCAACAAUUCAGCAACAGGCAGCUGUUUUUUUCAAAAGGGAGAUUGAUUGGAAAUACAGUCGGGCCUAUUUCAGCUACGGACUCAGGAGUGGAAACAUCGAUUACUGAGCCAAAGGACAAUGCCAUAACCGUAAGAGAUGCUAAGAUUGUUGUAGAGUCGAGGGACGAAACCAGCAUUAAGGUUAGAGUGGAUUUGGGGGGAGAUGAAACAGAAAAGGUUUUCGGAAAGGUUUUGAGGAAUCUGGCUCUCACUUCACCACCAAUCCCCGGAUUUCGGAAACAAAAGGGAGGGAAGACAACCCAGGUGCCAAGGGACUUCCUGAUCCAGGUCCUGGGGGAAGAGCGAGUUACGAACUUCGUGAUUCAAGAAAUAGUUAGCGCAACACUGGCAGAUUAUGCAGAUAAGGAAAAUGUGAAAGUGAAGGAGAACAAAGUGACCACAAUCCAGAAGGCAGAUGAACUGAUGAAGCUGUUUAAACCAGGAAAAGAGUUCGGGUUUAACGCCAUUCUGGAGCUUGAGCAAGGUGAUGCAGUGGAAAUUGAAACUGAACAAGGUGAUGCAAUGGAAGCUGAAACUGUAACUAAUGAAAGCUAGAAACAAAGCUCCUCUCCUUUU